AGAUUCAUUUGAACACGCACACCUCCUUGGAAAAGUGUGUGUGUGUGUGUGGGGGGGGGGUUGACUGGAGCAGUACAAAUGUCCUAAAUGCCUGAGUAAUAGUUAAGGAUAAAACCAGGCUGAGUUUCACAGUACUCGGCGCUCAGGUCCGUCAGGUGGGGUCCACCGCUCGGUGGCGUUGCCCUUUUAAGACGGAGGGCCCGUGACUGACAGCCGGGCGCGCGCUCAGCGCGAGGUUUGGGCGCGAGACGCGUCGGUUCCUCUGAGGGGGAAGAUGGAGGAAAGUCGCGCCUGGCUGUAGCCGGGCAGUUUCCGAAUCUGUGGAAGUGUUUGGCAGCGGUUUCGUCUCAGUUAGACAUUACGCAUCGCCUCGAUCUGGUCGCGGCGCUCGCUCUGUUCUCCGCCGGGUCUGGGAUAUAUGGACUUGUACAUGAUGAACUGUGAGCUUCUAGCGACCUGCAGUGCCCUCGGGUACCUGGAAGGAGACACGUAUCACCGCGAGCCCGACUGUCUAGAGAGCGUGAAGGACCUGAUCCGCUACCUGCGCCAUGAGGACGACACCCGCGACAUCCGCCAGCAGCUGGGCGCAGCGCAGAUCCUGCAGAACGACCUGCUGCCCAUCAUGGUCCAGCACCACCAGGACAAGCAGCUGUUGGACGCCUGUAUCAGGUUGAUGGUCAAUCUUACCCAGCCUGCCCUGCUGUGCUUCGGGAAGGUCCCAGAUGACCCUUCCUUCCGGCAUCACUUCCUGCAGGUGGUGUCCUACCUGCAGGCCUACAAAGAGGCCUUCGCCAGCGAGAAGGUGUUCGGCGUGCUGAGCGAGAAGCUGUACAACCUGCUGCAGCUGGACUGGGAGCAGCGGCAGGAGGAGGACAACCUGCUGAUCGAGAGGAUCCUGCUGCUGGUGAGGAACGUGCUGCACGUCCCCGCGGACCCCUGCGAGGAGAAGAACGUGGACGACGACGCCAGCGUCCACGACCGGCUGCUGUGGGCCUUGCACAUGAGCGGCAUGGACGACCUGCUGAAGUUCCUGGCCAGCGCGCAGAGCGAGCAGCAGUGGAGCCUGCACGUCCUGGAGGUCAUCUCCCUCAUGUUCCGGGACCAGACCCCGGAGCAGCUGGUGGGCGCCGGCCAGGCGCGCUCGGCGCAGGAGAAGCAGAGGGACGCCCAGGAGCUGCUGGCGCUGCGGCAGAAGGAGCAGGCGGAGAGGCGGAGCCGCUCGCUGCAGAGGGGAACCAGGCACUCUCGGUUCGGAGGCUCCUAUGUGGUGCAGGGACUGAAGUCCAUCGGAGACAAAGACAUCAUCUAUCACAAGGGCCUGCACAACUUCAAGAACUACAGCCACGACGCCGGCAAGGCGGCCCGCAGGGUGCCCAAGCGCCAGCAGCGGGCGCGGGACCCCGAGGGCGCCCGGCGGUCGGCCCUGAACGUGCGCCUCUUCCUGCGGGAGUUCUGCCUCGACUUCCUGGAGAACUGCUACAACCGCCUCAUGUACCUGGUCAAGGACGGGCUGAUGCGGGAAAAGGCGCAGCAACACGAUGAAACGUACUACCUGUGGGCGCUGGCCUUCUUCAUGGGCUUCAACCGCGGGCACAACUUCCGCCCGGACCUGGUGUCCGAGACCAUGUCCAUCCGCACCUUCCACUUCAUCGAGCGCAACCUCACCAACUACUACGAGAUGAUGCUGACCGACCGCAAGGAGGCCACGUCCUGGGCACGCAGGAUGCACCUGGCCCUGAAGGCGUACCAGGAGCUGCUGAUGACGGUGAACGAGAUGGACCGCUCGCGCGACGAGGGCAUCCGCCACAGCGCCUCGGUCAUCAAGAGCAACAUCUUCUACAUGAUGGAAUACCGGGAGAUCUUCCUGACGCUGCUGCGCAAGUUCGACGAGACCAAGCAGCCGGGCUCCUUCCUGAAGGACCUGGUGGAGAGCACCCACCUGUUCCUGCGCAUGCUGGAGCGCUUCUGCAAGGGCCGCCGGAACCUGGUGGUGCAGAAGAAGAAGGUGAAGAGGAGGAGGUCAAAGGGCAAGAAGAAAGCUGCUGUCUCAGUGCAGCGCUCCCCCGAAGCCCUGGAGGAGACGUGGCGGGUGGUGUCUGAGGAGAUGCGAGCCGCCGGCUUCCAGUUGUCCGAGUCGCUGACGGAGAGAGCCGUGCCAUUCGAUGUGGCCUCCGAGGUCCCGGUGGAGGAGCAGAGGGCGGACGCCCUGGUCAAGAUCCAGGACUCCCUGCUGGCCCGGCAGGGGCCCGAGGCUCUGGCACUGCUCAGGGCCGCCAGGGAGGUGUGGCCGGAGGGGGCAGUGUUUGGAUCAACUGACGUGGAACCAGAGGAAGAGCUUCAGCUGCUGAAUAAGAUUCUGUUUGCCAGUCUACCUAGACCGGCCCCUGCUGAGCCUGCCGAGGAGGAGGAGGAAGAGGAAGGGGGCGGAGAGGGCGAGGAAGAGGAGGAGCUGGAGUCCGUGCGCGUUUCAGAGACGGAGUUCAACUUCCUAGACUUUCUCAAGAGGUUCGCCAGCCCCAGCGUCCUCCAGCCCUACCUGCUGCUGUUGCGGAGCUACGCUCGGAACAGCCCCCACACCAACCACUGCGUCGUGCGCAUGCUGCACCGCGUGGCCGUCGACCUCAAGAUGGAGGCCCUGCUCUUCCAGCUCUCCGUCUUCUGCCUCUUCAACAAGAUCCUGGGGGACCCCGCCGCGGCUGCCUACCAGGUUUGGGGGAGGAGGGGGGUGUCAUCUGCGGACCUGGUGGACACUCUGCUGCCCCUCCUCAGGAACCCGUCUCGGACUCGGCGGCAGGUGGUCAACCAGCUGGUGCUCCUGGGUCUGGUGGACAGUGUGAAGGACCUCAAGAAGGAGAGGAGGGGCACGCGGAUCGUCCUGUGGACGGAGGAGCAGGAGCUGGAGCUGCAGACUCUGUUCGAGGAGUUCAAGGACUCGGACGACAUCCUGGGGAGCAUCCUGAAGAAGCUGACGGCGCGGCGCUCGCGGGCCCGCGUGGUGGACAAGCUCCUGAGCCUGGGCCUGGUGUCGGACAGGAAGGAGCUGUACAAGAGGAGGCGCCGGAGAGCCGCGGGCAAGAGCUCGGGCAUGACCGAAGAGGAGUUUUUCUCCGACCUGGCUGGGGCUACGCAGGAGGAGCUAUCGGAAGGAGAGGCGGAGGCUGAGGAAGAGGAGGAGGAGACGGAAGAGAGCGACGAGGAGGAAGAGGAGGAGGGGGAGAGGGACGGCGGGAGCAGGGCGGCGCAGAGCCAUGGCGCGAGAGAUGGUGGCCUGCAGGUGCUGGCGCGAGCCGUGCAGCAGGAGGGCUUGUCAGGACCCCUGCUGUGGCUGCAGAACUGCCUGAACAGAACAGCGGACGACCGUGAGGAAGACGGACUGUCCCAGCCCGUGCCGCUGGUCCCUCUCACCGAGGAGAACGAGGACGCCAUGGAAAACAGGAGCUUCCAGAAGCUGCUGCGCAAGCUGGGCAUCCGCGCGCCCGCCAACGAGCAGGAGUCGUUCUGGAGGAUCCCAGCAAAGCUGAGCCCAGUCCAGUUGAGGGCUGCAGCUGCCUCCCUGUCCCGGGAAGAGGGGGCUCCUGGGGAGGAGGCAGGGGAGACAGAGAGCCUCGCGGAGGAGCAGCGGGACUCCGCCGAUCACGAGCAGAGAGCCCAGGCCCUGCGCGCGCUGUUGCUCGCUCGCAAGAGGAAACACCACCUUGCUCACGACACAGAUCCUCACUCCCCAGCAGAGUAUGCAGAGCGAGUCCCGGAGGUCACCUCCGACAGCAGGAGCCCCAGAGCCCUGCAGCAGGGAGACCACAGCAAGCUGCCUGCGAAGAGGAGCCGGGCUCUGGACAGCGACGAAGAGACAGAGGAGAACGGCGACGCCUCCGUGCCGAUGGAUGUGGGGGGCGGCGAUCCCGAUUCCGACCCCGAGGGGUGCGCGGCCCCGGCUAAGCGCCGCCGCCAGAGGGCUCUGAUUGACGAUGAAGACGAGGACUAGAGCUGAAUCCCGGCGAACCAAAGAUCAGCAACCCUUUUUUUCUUUAACACCGUUCCAACACGUGGGUCUCAUCUCCACCCCCCUGGAACACCUAGACGGGGGGUUUCUCCUGGGCCGUUCUGGCCCCUGGCCAGUGUGGCUGCACCAGCCUGGGCUCCAGUCUCGGCUGCGGCUCUUGUCACAGAAUUAACGUGUUUUUCUAUCCUGUACUCUCAGUGUGAAUGUCAAAGGUCGUAUUUCUGUACUGUCACAGGAGAGUGGCACUGAUGGUACUCGAAUGUCUUGCUGUUGGUUUAUUCUACCAGUGGCCGUGCUGUGUUCUCUGUACAGACUCCUCUGCCCUUAUGGCGGUCUGUCCUCGCGCCCAUUUCCUGCUGGAGCCUCUGGGCCGGCGCCGCUGUCGUCUGGGUUGGCGCUGCAGGUGCAGAAGAUCAACCGCAGUGCAGUGACCCAGUAACCCGGUUACCUUGGUCCUUUGGCAACGGCUGGCGUCCCGUUUUUACAGUCUGCACUUUUUCUCCAAGGUCCCCUAAUGGAGCCUGGAAGCGGGAGACAGCACCGCCCUGUGGUUGAAAACGGGUACGGCAGUGUGUUGCAUACAUGAAUGUCGAAAUGAGCUGGAUUUGUUGGCUGCAGUGCUCCUGCCUUUAACGGACCUGCUGGCCUGGGAGGUGAUUGGUUUGAGUUAUCUUGACAUCUUCAUGACCAUACAGGUCACAAGAAAAGCUCAGGCGCCCCUUGACCAGGAUCUGUUCUCAUCGCUGGGGCUACUCUCUUGUUCCUACUGUUGGCUGCAGAAGACCAAACGUGUCCUCCCAGAGACAGCUGUAUUGAACUAAUGUCCAAAACCCUGAAAUCUUUCUCCUGCCGAAAUCUUCGCAAGGUUGUGUGUGCAGCAGCUCUGUACCCAGUGCAGUCUGGGAUAGAAAGCUUUAGACGGGAGUUUUUUUUUUUAGUGCAUUUCUCAUACUGUAGUUCUGGGGAAGAAUGUCCUCAUGGGAUAGAGGUGUUGGGGAAUCGAGUGAGUUCUCGGGUUCGCUGGCUUCAUUCUGACGUGACUUUAAAAACACUGCUAGCAUGAAUAAUAUUUGAAGAUAUACCCCAGACGAGUGCCCUUGACCAUGCGCAGGCCCUGUUGAUGCACAGUUGCUCCCGAGCCUGUGCUACGUGGUUCCAGUCCAGUAAAGGCUCUCCUGCUGGGGUUCGAGUGACCCGUGAUGGAGGGGGUGCAUCAGAGCACUAGGCCCACCUCACACAGGAUUCAGGGGCAUUUUCAGUGCGACUGUGUUGCUCGUGAUAAUGAGUCAGGUGGUUUUAAAUGUGACUGAAGUCCACUAGCUGAUUUUUAGGGGUGGCAUUUGUAAACUAGGUGAUUCUUUACAGAAAUAAAAUUUCAAUGGGUACUGUGGGUGCCUUGCUUUCAUCUUUCACGAAAGGAAAGCACUCCUCUGACAUCAGCCAGUGAUUUCACCGCUGUGACUGUCUUCUACCAAAUGUGUUGGCACUCCAGGAAGCUGCUGUAAGGCCACUGGCCGAGCCUGAAACCCUCAGUGGGAAUGACUGAGCCCGCUGGCGUCUCUCUCUGCUGCCGUGAGAGGUGCAGGUCAGGAUUGGACAGCCCCGCUCCUGGGAAGCCAGUCAUGUGCAGCUGGUUAGGAUGGAGACUCAGAAAAUGAGUGACAAGGGCACCCCUCCUGUAGAUGGGAGCGACUCUGUGCAUUUCAGGCACGCAGUGGGCACCCGGCACACCCUGCUCACGAGCCGCCCUGCACUGAUGGGCGUGGCUCCGGCUUACCCACUGUGAUCCAGCGUGCCAGUGGCCCUCCUGCAGGGCCAGUACGGGGUCGUGAAGGCGACCGAGCUGCCUGCCUCUCACCCAAACAGCCUCUUCUCAGGCUGCAAAGGAACAAGUAAAGGUUUAUUCCCUGCUGAAAAGAAACCCAACGUUUUUGCUGUGGAGCCCUUUUCAGGUGUGUGGGAAGCGUUAGAAGGCUCCACAGCCGAAACGUUGGGUUUCUUUUCUGCUCUUUUCAGCAGGGAAUAAAUCUUUACUUGUUCCCUUGCAGCCUGCGCAUGCUGACGCAGCUCCCUGCUUGAACCUCUUCUCAGGAUCCCUGCUGUGAUUAACUCCUCUCGGUGCGACAGUGUUGCUUCGGGGUUAGAGGGGACCUCGGGCUUUCUGCUUGUUAGAGGCUUCUGAGCCACAGACCCCAAAUCUCCCCCCCCACAUUACCACAACCCCAGGCAACUGAGCCCUUAACUUCAGCCCUCUUAAAGAACGUUUCCAUCAGUGAACUUUUAUUCCUACAACGUUGGAUUCGCGUCUCCCUCCGAAGCAGCGGGCCCGCUGACGCUAGCGUGGAGAGCUCUGGGAGAAGUGACUGGGCGGAGGUUCAAGGACCCAGUGAGCCCUCGUCCCAGGGGACGCUUCUACAGCCGUCUCGUUAUUGUUCAGAGUUGACGUCGUGUACCAAAAACGAAUAAAAAGAAGUUGGAAGACGAA